AUGGGCGAUGCUCUUAUGGCAGAGUUUGGAAAAGCUGCUUCUUUUCUGAGGAAGUCAGAUAAAGAACGACUUGAAGCUCAAACAAGACCAUUUGAUAUCAAGACCGAAUGCUUCGUAGUGGAUGAAAAAGUGGAAUAUGUCAAGGGGCAAAUUCUCAGCAAAGAUGGAGGAAAGGCGACCGUCAAAACAGAGGAUGGUAGGACUGUAACAGUCAAAGAGACAGAUGUCCACCCCCUGAACCCUCCUAAAUUCGACAAAAUCGAAGACAUGGCAAUGUUCACUUUCCUACAUGAGCCUGCUGUGCUGUUUAACCUUAAAGAGCGUUACGCAGCAUGGAUGAUUUACACCUACUCUGGGCUGUUUUGUGUUACAGUCAACCCAUACAAAUGGCUACCUGUGUAUGAUGCGGAGGUAGUCGCAGCUUACAGAGGGAAAAAGAGAUCGGAAGCUCCUCCUCAUAUCUUCUCCAUCUCAGAUAAUGCUUAUCAGUACAUGUUAACUGACAGAGAGAACCAGUCCAUCCUUAUCACUGGAGAAUCUGGUGCUGGAAAGACUGUUAACACCAAAAGAGUGAUCCAGUAUUUUGCAAGCAUUGCAGCCGCUGGAGGAAGCAGUGGCAAAAAGGACACCAACAAAGGCACACUGGAGGAUCAAAUUAUCCAGGCCAACCCUGCACUUGAAGCAUUCGGUAAUGCAAAAACGGUGAGAAAUGACAACUCUUCUCGCUUUGGAAAGUUUAUUCGCAUUCAUUUUGGAACAAGUGGUAAACUUUCUUCAGCUGACAUUGAAACAUACCUGCUGGAAAAGUCUCGUGUGACCUUUCAGCUGAAGUCAGAAAGGAAUUACCACAUCUUUUUUCAGAUAUUGUCUAAUGCAAAGCCUGAGCUGCUGGAUAUGCUGUUGAUUACCAAUAAUCCCUACGAUUACUCUUACAUCUCCCAAGGAGAGGUAACUGUUGCAUCCAUAAAUGAUAGCGAGGAGUUGAUGGCCACUGACAGUGCCUUUGAUGUGCUUGGCUUUACCCCAGAUGAGAAGAUGGGGGUCUACAAACUAACUGGUGCGAUCAUGCAUUAUGGUAACAUGAAGUUCAAGCAGAAACAACGUGAAGAGCAGGCAGAACCAGAUGGUACAGAAGCUGCUGACAAAUCAACCUACCUGAUGGGUCUCAACUCUGCUGAUCUCCUUAAAGGGCUCUGUCAUCCGAGGGUUAAAGUCGGCAAUGAAUAUGUCACAAAAGGCCAAGGUGUGGAUCAGGUGUACUACUCAAUUGGUGCACUGGCUAAGUCAGUGUAUGAGAAGAUGUUCACUUGGAUGGUGGCAAGAAUCAAUCAAUCCCUGGACACCAAGCAACAUCGACAAUAUUUAAUUGGUGUACUAGAUAUUGCUGGAUUCGAAAUCUUUGAUUUCAACACAUUUGAGCAGCUUUGCAUAAACUUUACUAAUGAAAAACUGCAACAGUUUUUCAAUCAUCACAUGUUUGUCUUGGAGCAAGAGGAGUACAAAAAGGAAGGAAUAGACUGGGAGUUCAUUGACUUUGGCAUGGACUUGCAAGCCUGUAUUGAUCUAAUUGAGAAGCCCCUUGGCAUCAUGUCUAUUCUAGAGGAAGAGUGCAUGUUUCCAAAAGCAAGUGACCAGACCUUCAAAGCAAAGCUUUAUGAUAACCAUCUGGGCAAGUCAAGUAUGUUCCAAAAGCCACGUGCUGUCAAAGGCAAGGCGGAGGCACACUUUGCAUUGGUUCACUAUGCUGGCACAGUUGAUUACAAUAUUUCAGGCUGGCUCGUGAAAAACAAAGAUCCUCUGAACGAAACAGUAGUUGGGCUGUAUCAAAAAUCAUCUCUCAAGCUUCUUAGCCAUCUGUUUUUGAGCUACGCUGGAGCAGAGGCAGGCGAAAAAGGUGGAAAAGGAGGCAAAAAAAAGGGAUCAUCUUUUCAGACUGUGUCAGCCCUGCACAGAGAAAAUCUCAACAAGCUAAUGACCAAUCUUAAAACUACCCAUCCACAUUUUGUUCGCUGCUUAAUUCCCAAUGAGACCAAGACCCCCGGAAUCAUGGACAACUGCCUAGUGAUGCACCAGCUUCGCUGCAAUGGAGUGCUAGAGGGAAUCAGAAUCUGCAGAAAAGGUUUUCCAAACCGGGUAGCCUACGGUGAUUUCAAACAGAGGUACAGAAUUCUAAAUGCCUCUGCAAUCCCAGAAGGUCAGUUUAUUGAAAACAAAAAAAGUGCUGAGAAGCUCCUGGGAUCGCUUGACAUCGACCAUACACAGUACAAGUUUGGUCACACAAAAGUAUUUUUUAAAGCAGGACUGCUGGGUUUACUAGAAGAAAUGAGAGAUGAGCAACUUGCUCGCAUUAUUACAAGAAUACAAGCAAAUGCACGGGCUUUGCUUAUGAAUGCAGAAUAUCAGAAGUUGGUAGAGCGAAGAGAUGCCCUAAUGGUCAUUCAGUGGAACCUUCGUUCCUUCUUAGGUGUAAAAAACUGGCCCUGGAUGAAACUGUUUUUCAAAAUAAAGCCUCUUCUUAAAAGUGCUGAAGCUGAGAAAGAGAUGGCAAACAUGAAAGAUGAAUUCAACAAAAUCAAGGAUGCUCUUGAUAAAUCUGAAAGCCGGCGGAAAGAGCUGGAGGAGAAAAUGGUCACACUUCUCCAAGAAAAAAAUGAUUUACUUCUCCAGGUGCAGUCAGAGCAGGAUACACUGACUGAUGCUGAAGAGCGCUGUGAACAGUUAAUAAAGAGCAAGAUUCAGCUGGAAGCCAAGGUGAAAGAGCUGACUGAGCGGAUGGAAGAUGAAGAAGAGAUAAAUGCAGAACUUACAGCCAAAAAGCGUAAGCUAGAGGAUGAAUGUUCUGAACUCAAAAAAGACAUCGAUGACCUUGAGCUUACUUUAGCCAAGGUUGAAAAAGAAAAGCAUGCUACUGAGAAUAAAGUAAAGAACCUUACUGAAGAAAUGGCAUCCCAAGAUGAGAUUAUUAUGAAGCUCACAAAAGAGAAAAAGGCUCUACAGGAAGCUCAGCAGCAGACACUGGAUGACCUUCAAAGUGAAGAAGAUAAAGCAAAUUCCUUGACCAAAGCUAAAGCUAAGCUUGAGCAGCAGGUAGAUGAUCUUGAGGGGUCUCUAGAACAAGAAAAAAAGGUUAGGAUGGAUCUGGAACGUGCUAAGAGAAAGCUGGAGGGAGAUCUUAAACUGAUUCAAGAAAAUGUAAUGGAUUUAGAAAACGACAAACAACAGCAAGAAGAGAAACUGAAGAAAAAAGACUUUGAAAUAAGUCAGUUGAAUGGAAGAAUUGAGGAUGAGCAAACGGCAGUAGUGCAACUGCAAAAAAAAUUAAAGGAAAACCAAGCCCGGAUAGAAGAGCUGGAGGAAGAGUUAGAUGCUGAGCGGGCAGCCAGAGCAAAGGUUGAAAAACAACGAUCUGAUCUUGCUCGAGAGUUGGAAGACAUUAGCGAGCGACUUGAGGAGGCAGGUGGAGCCACAUCCGUUCAGGUGGAGCUCAACAAAAAAAGAGAAGCUGAGUUUCAGAAGUUACGCAGGGAUCUUGAAGAAUCUACACUUCAGCACGAGACGACAUCCGCAGCUCUGCGAAAAAAGCAUGCCGACAGUGUUGCAGAACUCGGAGAACAAAUCGACAAUCUUCAACGAGUCAAGCAAAAGCUAGAGAAAGAAAAGACAGAACUGAAGUUGGAGAUGGAUGACCUGGCCUCAAACAUGGAGAGUAUUGCAAAAGCCAAGGUGAAUCUUGAAAAGAUGUGCCGAACCCUGGAGGAUCAGCUAAAUGAGCACAGGUCAAAAAGUGAGGAGGCUCAGAAAGCUCUUAAUGACGUCUCAACUCAAAGAGCCAAGUUGCUAACUGAAAAUGGGGAACUUGCGAGGCAGCUGGAGGAGAAAGAAUGCCUGAUCUCUCAACUUACUAGAGGAAAGAGUUCCUACACCCAGCAACUAGAGGACAUGAGAAGACAACUUGAGGAAGAAGUGAAAGCGAAGAACGCACUUGCUCAUGCUGUGCAAUCUUCCCGUCAUGACUGUGACUUGCUGAGAGAACAAUUUGAGGAGGAGCAGGAGGCUAAGGCAGAGCUCCAGCGAGCCCUAUCCAAGGCAAAUACCGAAGUUUCAACAUGGAGGACUAAGUACGAAACAGACGGUAUUCAGAGAACAGAGGAAUUGGAAGAGGCCAAGAAAAAACUUGUUCAAAGGCUACAAGAAGCAGAGGAAGCAGUAGAAGCAGUUAAUGCAAAGUGUUCAUCUCUUGAAAAGACUAAGCAUCGCCUGCAAAAUGAGAUCGAAGAUCUUAUGCUGGAUCUCGAACGAUCAAAUGCAGCCUCAGCUGCUCUGGACAAGAAACAGAGAGCCUUUGACAAGGUCAUAGCAGAGUGGAAGCAGAAGUAUGAGGAGUCGCAGUGUGAGCUUGAGGGAUCUCAAAAGGAAGCACGGACCUUGAGUACUGAGAUUUUCAAACUGAAAAAUGCUUAUGAAGAAACUCUAGAUCAGCUUGAGACUAUCAAAAGAGAAAACAAGAAUCUUCAAGAAGAAAUAUCAGACCUGACAGAUCAGCUUGGCGAAGGAGGAAAGAGUGUUCAUGAGUUGGAGAAGCUUAGGAAACAACUUGAACAAGAAAAAGCAGAGCUGCAGUCUGCGCUGGAGGAAGCUGAGGCCUCUGUAGAACAUGAAGAGAGCAAGAUCCUUCGAUCACAGCUUGAGUUCAAUCAAGUGAAGGCUGACAUCGAAAGAAAGUUGGCAGAGAAAGAUGAGGAGAUGGAGCAAGCAAAGAGGAACUACCAGCGAAUGGUGGAAACUCUACAGACCUCUCUUGAGGCUGAAACGAGAAGCCGUAAUGAAGCAUUAAGAGUCAAGAAAAAGAUGGAGGGAGACCUUAAUGAAAUGGAAAUUCAGCUAAGUCAAGCAAAUAGACAAGCGGCCGAUGCACAGAAACAGCUAAAGGUGAUCCAGUCGUAUCUAAAAGACAAUCAGCUUCAACUGGAUGAUUCUAUACAUACUAAUGAAGAUCUUAAAGAGAACAUCGCUCUUUUGGAACGGAGGAAUAACCUCAUUCAGGCAGAGCUUGAGGAGCUGAGGGCAAUGCUGGAACAAACUGAAAAGUGUCGGAAACUAGCUGAGCAAGAACUUACAGAUGCAACAGAAAGGAUGCAGCUACUGCAUUCCCAAAACACUAGCCUCAUCAACCAAAAAAAGAAGCACGAGUCCGACCUGCUACAGCUUCAGAAUGAGAUGGAAGAGGUGAUACAAGAGAACCGCAAUGCUGAGGAAAAGGCCAAAAAAGCCAUAACUGAUGCAGCUAUGAUGGCUGAGGAGUUAAAAAAAGAGCAAGACACAAGUGCUCAUCUCGAGAGAAUGAAGAAAAACAUGGAACAAACUAUUAAAGACUUGCAGCACCGGCUAGAUGAGGCAGAACAAAUAGCUAUGAAGGGUGGCAAGAAGCAGCUCCAGAAACUGGAAGCUCGCAUCCGUGAACUUGAGAAUGAACUGGAAGGAGAGCAAAAACGAAGUUCAGAGUCUAUAAAAGGAGUUCGCAAGUAUGAGCGGCGCAUCAAAGAACUCACCUAUCAAACUGAUGAAGACCGCAAGAAUAUGGCAAGACUUCAGGAUCUGGUUGACAAGCUACAGCUCAAAGUCAAGUCCUACAAGCGCUCCGCUGAGGAAGCAGAGGAACAAGCAAAUGUUCAUCUGGCCAAGUUCCGGAAACUGCAGCAUGAGCUAGAAGAAGCAGAAGAGCGUGCAGAUAUUGCAGAAUCCCAGGUGAACAAGCUACGUGCCAAAACCAGGGAUGGUGUGCCUGGUAAAAAAUCCCAGGAUGAGUAA